AUGUUUAGAAAGGUUUUUCUCUCUAAAUCUUUCUCAAGGGGUUAUGCCUCAAGCCCGGGCGGAUCUCAUGACAUCAAAGUUUUUGACAGACAUGUCAAGUUGCUUCAAAAAGAACGAGCUGCUAAACAUCCUGAUUCAAAAUUUGUAGAGUAUUUACGUGAUGAAAUCAAUCGCCGUACUAUUGAUAGAUUAGCUUUUGUGAAGACAGAUUUCGAAAAGGUUAUGGAUUUUGGUGCACAUUCAGGUAACUUUGAAAGAUUAUUAUGCGAUCCAUCGAAGGAUGAAACGAACCCUCAAUGGAAGGCUGAUAGAGAACUAAUCAAGUCCAAAAUCAAAAAGAUUUUAUUGGUUGAAUCCUCCGAAUCAAUGCUAUACAAAGACAUGGAUUCUGCAUUCAAUAAAGAGAUGAACAUAGAAAGAAUUGUUGCUGAUGAGGAAUAUUGCGACAUUCCUCAAUUAUCUGAGGCAAACCAGUACGAUUUAAUUGUCUCCAAUUUAUCUAUGCACUGGAUUAACGAUUUGCCUGAAGUAUUCAAAAGACUAUACAAUUGUUUGAAACCGGAUGGUUGUUUUAUGGGUUCGAUGUUUGGCGGGGAUACUCUUUUCGAACUUCGUACCUCAUUGCAAUUAGCCGAAAUUGAACGUUAUGGAGGUAUUUCUCCUCGUGUUUCUCCCUUUGUUGAGUCCUCAGAUAUCGGUAACUUGAUGCAAAAGGCCGGUUUUCAAAUGUUGACGGUGGAUGCCGAAGAGUUAAUUGUUGAUUAUCCUCAUGUUUUAGCCUUGAUGGAAGAUUUACAGCUAAUGGGUGAAAACAACUCCGUUAUAAUGAAUCCACCGCCAUUGACCAAAGACCUAUUAAUAGCUUUAGAGCCAAUAUAUAAAGAGUUGCAUGGUGAUAAAAAAACCGGCCACUUACCAGCUACAUUUCGCUUUGUUUAUAUGAUUGGAUGGAAGCCAGGAAAAUACUUGGCCAAACCUGCAAAGAGAGGUAGUGGAAGUGUCAGUUUACAGGAUGCUUUGGAUGGAGUGACAACCGCUACAACCACUCUAACAGAAGAUGAGGAGCCCCCUUGCAAAGACAAAAAAUAA